GACACCAUUUGUCUUCCAGUUUCGAGCCAGAGUAUAAUAAUCUCAAAUCUCUUAUCUUAUCUUAGUGAUGGGCGAUAUCAGAGAAGAAGAAGAAGAAGAAGAGGCUUCCCUCGAACUGCCGGAAAAACAUUCUCAGAAGGCAAAGCGUGUGGCUUCUCUGGAUGUCUUCCGAGGUCUUACUGUAGCGUUGAUGGUGUUGGUUGAUGAUGCGGGGGGAGAGUGGCCGGUGAUAGGGCAUGCGCCUUGGAAUGGAUGCAAUCUUGCUGAUUUUGUGAUGCCAUUCUUUCUCUUCAUUGUGGGAAUGGCUAUUUCACUUUCACUCAAGAGAAUACCUGAAAAACUUGUGGCUAUCCGAAAGGUGAUCUUAAGGGCACUCAAGCUUGUUUUUUGGGGACUUCUAUUGCAAGGAGGCUAUUCACAUGCCCCAGAUAAACUGACCUAUGGUGUGGACUUGAAGAGAAUAAGGUGGUGUGGCAUUCUCCAGAGGAUCGCUCUUGCGUAUUUCAUGGUGGCCAUGAUAGAGAUCUCAAUGCAAAAGACACAAGCUAAGAUUCUAUCUCGGGGACCAUUUUCCAUUUUCAAAGUAUACUAUCGACACUGGGCUUUUGGAGCUUGUGUUUUAGUAGUUUACUUGGCCACAUUGUAUGGAACUUAUGUUCCUGACUGGCAUUUUGUUGUGAAAAAUACAAACAGUCCCGACUUUGGGAAAACAUUGACUGUAUCUUGCAAUGUACGAGGGAAACUGGACCCUCCUUGUAAUGCAGUGGGUUAUAUCGACAGAAAAGUGCUGGGAAUCAAUCACAUGUACCCACAUCCAGCUUGGAAGAGAUCAAUGGCUUGCACGAAGAGCUCUCCACAUGAGGGCCCGUUCAGAAGUGAUGCACCCUCUUGGUGUUGGGCUCCUUUUGACCCAGAAGGAGUACUAAGCUCAAUUUCUGCUAUCCUCUCCACUGUUAUUGGAGUUCAUUUCGGACAUGUUCUUAUCCAUUUCAAGGGUCAUUCUUCUCGACUUCUGCAUUGGAUUGUCACUGGACUUAUUCUUCUGAUUUUAGGAAUCACCCUUCACUUCACAGAUGCAAUUCCUCUAAAUAAGCAAUUGUACACUUUCAGCUAUGUGUGUGUGACAUCUGGUGCAGCAGCAUUAGUUUUCUCAGCCUUGUACAUUCUGGUUGAUGUUGGCAACCUUGGAUGUCUGGUUCUACCACUGGAAUGGAUUGGGAUGAAUGCGAUGCUCGUUUACGUUAUGGCAGCUGAAGGAAUUUUCGCAGGUUUUAUCAAUGGUUGGUACUAUGAUGAUCCUCACAACACUCUGGUAUGUUUCAUUCAACUCUUCCACCUUUACAUUUACACUAUGUUUGGUUCGAGGAUUUUGAAAGGGAAGAGAAAAGAAAAUGAGAUGGAAACCGUUUUCCUUGUUUGGUAUAUUGGAUCAAGAAGCAUGUGUUUAUUGGAGUGUGGCAUUCAACUAGAGUGGGGAUUCUGAUGUAUGUUAUCUUUGGUGAGAUAUGUUUCUGGGCUUUCAUUGCUGGGGUGUUUCAUUGGCUUGCCAUUUACUGGAAACUUUAGUUGUAUUAUGUAUAUAUAGAUCAGAACUCUAUACCCCAAUUCUUCCAGUCCUGCUAAAGCCUUUGUCUCUGUGUGUUGCAAUGUAUAUAUUGAAAAAGAUAUAUAUUGUGGUUGUAAUAAAUAUGCACUGUAUAUAUGAUGGAAUCUCUAGACAAAUACACUGGAAUUACUACU